ACUGUUGACCGUCCUCUGGUGAAGUCGGUGGUGUGUUAUCCACAUAUUUACACCUGCUGAGCAGCAUGGGGCGACGAUAGCACAUUUUUGUCCUUAGCCCGUUACACCAGGGGUGUAAACGACAAGGAGAGAUGUCAGUUAAUCGGUGUAUGUAUUUGUUUUCUCGGCUUCACCGCCACAUUAGCCCCCGGACUGCCCGCAUCACCGCUGCCAACUGUUACGUGUCUUCUGGGUCUGUUUUGUCAAAUAAACAACACCAGGCUGGUUCUGUGGUUUGUAGCAGACGUGUUUCAUCUAACAGCUCCUCUCCAAAGCCCCCGGACACCUCUCUGUUUGUCCCCGUAUCUCUGAAGACUGACUCCUCGGCAGAUGGGAGUGUGGGAGCAGAGCUCACACAGCCGCUCGACAGAAGUGAACUUCUGAAAAUCCUGAACCGGUUUUAUAAGAGGAAGGAGAUGCAGAAGCUGGCAGCAGACCAUGGCCUGGAUGCUCGUCUGUUCCACCAGGCCUUCAUUAGCUUCAGAAAGUAUGCUCUGGAAAUGUCAUCACUCCCCGCGGAUCUGCAUAUCAUCCUCAGUGACAUCUGCUCUGGAGCAGGUCAUAUAGAUGACAUCUACCCGUACUUUAUGCGUCAUGCCAAGCAAAUCUUUCCCAUGCUGGACUGUAUGGAUGACCUGAGAAAAAUCUCAGACCUCAGAGUCCCUGCUAACUGGUACCCUGAGGCUCGUGCCAUCGAGAGGAAGGUGAUUUUCCACGCUGGUCCCACUAACAGUGGUAAAACCUAUCACGCCAUCCAGCGCUACCUGGCUGCUAAGUCUGGAGUCUACUGUGGGCCGCUGAAACUAUUGGCCCACGAGAUCUUUGAGAAGAGCAACACUGCCGGUGUGCCAUGUGACUUGGUUACUGGAGAGGAGAGGACCUUCGUGGACUUGGAGGGUCGAGCAGCUAGUCAUGUAGCCUGUACCAUUGAGAUGUGCAGUGUCAGCACACCCUAUGAGGUGGCUGUAAUCGAUGAAAUUCAAAUGAUCAAAGAUCCUUCCAGAGGCUGGGCCUGGACCAGAGCGCUGCUGGGUCUCUGUGCUGAGGAGAUCCACAUAUGUGGGGAACCUGCUGCCAUAGACUUCAUCAGAGAGCUGAUGUACACCACUGGGGAGGAGGUGGAGGUCCACACCUACCAGCGUUUAACCCCAUUUGCAAUCUUGGAUCACGCUGUGGAGUCACUGGACAAAUUGAGACCAGGAGACUGCAUCGUUUGCUUCAGUAAAAAUGACAUCUACUCCAUAAGCAGACAGAUUGAGGCUAGAGGACUGGAAUGUGCUGUGAUUUAUGGGAGUUUACCUCCAGGCACCAAGUUGUCGCAGGCCAAGAAGUUCAAUGACCCUGAUGACCCCUGCAAGAUACUGGUUGCUACAGAUGCUAUUGGCAUGGGCCUUAACCUGAGUAUAAAGCGUAUCAUCUUCAACAGUCUGAUGAAGCCGAAUAUUAAUGAGAAAGGGGAGAAACACAUGGAGACCAUCAGCACAUCACAAGCUCUGCAGAUAUCUGGCCGGGCGGGAAGAUUCUCCUCCAAGUUUAAAGAGGGAGAAGUCACCACUAUGCACAGAGAUGAUCUGCCUAUACUGAAGGAAAUACUCAGCCAAUCCAUAGACCCCAUAGAGACUGCAGGUCUCCAUCCUACAGCAGAGCAGAUAGAGAUGUUUGCCUAUCAUCUUCCUGAUGCUACACUGUCCAACCUUGUUGACAUAUUUGUCAGCCUCUCUCAGGUGGACGGUAUGUAUUUCGUCUGCAACAUUGACGACUUCAAGUUCCUGGCCGAUAUGAUUCAGCAUAUUCCACUCAAUCUGAGGUCGCGCUACGUCUUCUGCACCGCUCCCAUCAACAAGAAGCAGCCUUUUGUUUGCACCUCCUUCCUAAAAUUUGCCCGUCAGUUCAGCCGAGACGAACCCCUGACAUUUGACUGGGUCUGUCGCCAUGUCAAUUGGCCUCUGUCCGCACCCAAAAACAUAAAAGACCUGGUGCACUUGGAAGCCGUUCACGAUGUGUUGGAUCUUUACCUCUGGUUAAGCUACCGCUUCAUGGACAUGUUUCCAGACACGGCCUUGAUUCGGGAAACCCAGCGGGAGCUCGAUAACAUCAUACAACAGGGCGUCCAAAAUAUCACCCGUCUCAUCAGAGCCACCGACCCAGCCAUCGCUGACUCGCUGCAGACGCCGAGCAGCAGGCACGGACAAACAGGUGGAAUCAGUGGAAGUGUCAGUAGUAAUUAUACGACCAACAGCAGAGGUCCAAAGGGACAAAGACGCUCAGAAGAGACGAUGGACAGGUCUCUGGCUAGUCGCCUCGUAAGAGACGGUAUGUUGACUCCUGAAUUGCUCCGGCAGCUGCAGAGGGAGUGGUCAAAAGGUAAAAAGCAGGAAAGCACCAAUCAGAGCGCAAGCAGUAGAGAAAAACAAACUGACAACAACAACGACAGGAAAGGAAGACGGAAGAAGAAAUGAAGAAAACUCUCAGGUGUUGCAGUUGUAACAUGGUCAGUGCUGUCCCCAUAGAGGUCAAUAGCUGAUACAAGCCCUGAUUUGUUGUGGUUUGUUUCAGAUGGAUCACAUUUUCCAGCCCUGGAGGGAUCAUAAAAAGCUUUUAGCUUGAGCUAUAAUCAUUAAAACACCAAUAUGUAGUUUGAACAGGUCUGGACUAAGAUUUCCGCCAAAGCACUGGGUCAUUAGAUCAUGUGAUUUACUUGUUUUUACUGUGAAAAGCUCAUUAUUAUUUUAUUCUUAACAGAAUCGCCUUGGAAAAGGAUCUAAAACUGUCAAUUAGCCAAACGGCAAACUUUAUUGACCUCACUCGAAUUUGGCUUUCAAGAAAUUGUCCUUGGAAAUGUCAGGUCCUGCCUGAACUUCUCACCCACAGUUCUUGCUUGCAAACUGAGAAGCAGCAUGGUUUACCGCAGUGUUUCAGUGGAGAGUCACUGUGUGUUGCAAAUGCUGAAAGAAACAUUUAAACAUUGUGUAUGUGUGUUAUGCAGGUCUGGAAUCAGUUUUAUUUUGCUUUAUUUUCUUCAAUGUAAACCCUCAGAACAGUAUAAGUAUACAUACAACCCAGUUGGGCAGUUACUGUCAGUUAAAGUAAUCUCACAUUGAAGGUCCAAUGUGUAGGAUUUAGGGGAAUAUACUGGCAGAAAUGCAAUAUAAUAUUCAUCACUAUGUUCUCAUUAGUUUAUGGUCACCUGAAAAUAUGAAUCAUUGUGUUUUCACCUCGCCGUUUGUAUCCACAUAUGGUGCGGGUCCUCCUCCACAGAGGCCGCCGUGUUCCACAGUAGCUCGGACAAAUCAUACACUGGCUCUAGAUUGGGCCAGUCAUGUCCUUACAUCAGCCACCGUAGUUCUCCUACAAGCUUGACUCAGGGGAGAAGUGUCGACUCUGUAGCCUCACCACUAGAUGCCACUAGAUCGUACACACUGGACCUUUAAUUGCAGUUCCUGUAAACACUUGGAAUAGAGUAAACUGAGUGCAGCCCUGUUAGUGUCUAUAUACAGAUGAGAUUUUUCUUGUUUCUUUGUAUAUUAAAGGUGAAAACAUUAGUCAAUUAAAAUCCACUAUAUUUUAA